AUGCAGCUUCCUCUCCUUCCGCCGUCGCUCACGACAAAGAAGCCGCCGCCGCAAUGGGACCCGUUCACGCCGCUGGUGCAGACGCUCUCAAAAAGCGCGUGCAUUCACCCUAUCCACACGAUCGUCAUCAUAGCUCUGCUGGCUUCAACAACAUACAUUUCUAUACUGGAGAACAGCCUGUUUGACCGCAGUGCUAUGAGAUGGGCAUUUGGCGGGUCGAAGAAGAAUCUGUCGUUGAUGGACGGGAGUGCCCGCGUUGCUGUGGGUGAGGAGACGCAGUGGAAGUGGAAGGAGAUUGGGAAUGAUGGGUAUGAGUCUGCAACGCAGCUAGCUCUCCUGACGCUCUCGUUCCCAAAGGACUUGAAUGGAUUCUCUGCACCGAUCCCCCCGAAUGGUUCUAUUGCUUCAAUUGUCCCCUCAACUGAGGAAUCUACCAUCGUCUACGCUCUUCCCUACGAUGAAAUCUCCAGCUUCGUCAACUCCGUCUCCGAACUACCCACUGCUGAUGCCGAAAAGUCCGAGGAGGGCGAGAAGACGCGGCGCUGGGUCAUGCAGUCUGCCCGUAGCAAUGCCUCUGGCAGCUGGAUAGAGAGAGCCCAAAGUACAAUUGAAAAUUUCAAGCAGUUGAUUCAGAAUGCCGAUCCGCUUGAUAUUGCGAUCAUGUUCCUGGGAUACCUCUCGAUGCACCUUACGUUCCUGUCACUAUUUUUGUCGAUGCGCCGGCUAGGGUCUAACUUCUGGCUUGCCGCGACUGUCUUGUGCUCAUCCAGCUUCGCCUUCCUGUUCGCAUCGAUUACGACGCAUAAGCUUGGUGUUCCCAUCAACAUGGUCCUCCUUUCCGAAGGGCUGCCAUUCUUGGUAGUCACAAUUGGAUUCGAGAAGCCUAUUAUUCUUACGAGGGCUGUGUUGGAAGCUUCGUUGGCCUCCCAGAAGAAGAAACAGGGUGGCUCAUCCAUCCAAGAGGCUGUUCUCACCGCCGUCCAGGAUAAGGGGUUCCAAAUCGUUCGCGAUUACGUCAUCGAAAUUAUCGUUCUUGCUCUCGGCGCCGCGUCAGGGGUACAAGGUGGUCUGAGGCAGUUCUGUUUCCUCGCCGGUUGGAUCUUGGCGUUUGACUGUAUCCUUCUUUUCACCUUUUACACGGCGAUCUUGGUUGUUAAACUUGAGAUCAACAGGAUCAAGCGUCAUGUGGCGCUCCGUAAGGCUCUUGAGGAGGAUGGUGUUAGCCACACAGUGGCGGAGAACGUCGCCCGGUCAAAUGAAUGGCCGCGCCAGAUUGCAAAAGGUGAGGAUGGCACCACCGACACUGCCGACGAGGGCACCGUUGUUUUCGGAAAGCGCGUCAAGGAUUCCAGCGUGGGGAGGUUCAAGGUGUUGAUGGUUUCCGGAUUCGUCCUGGUCAAUGUCUUCAAUCUGUGCACUCUGCCAUUUAGGGAUAGCGGUAGCUCUACAGUUAUCGCUCAGGAAAGUGAGACUGCCAUUCCCGACGUAGAUGUCUGGAAGGUUGCCGGUAGCGCGCUGGAAUUCCUGCUCCCUGUUGAUGGUUCAACUGUUGUUACUGUUUUGAGACCCAUUGAGUAUGAGCUGCGCUUCCCGAGCGCUAGCUACCCUUCUGCCUCUGUCAAUGGUCGUGAUUCGGUUCUUGGUGAUUAUGAUGGAUCCGAUUUGUUUGUGGAGGGUGUUGGAAGUAAGGUCGUCGAGGGGUUGUUGAAGAGCUUGGAAGACCCCGUUUUGAGCAAGUGGAUUAUCGUUGCCCUGGCCCUCAGCUUGGUUCUCAACGGAUACCUCUUCAAUGCCGCGAGAUGGAGUGUGAAGGAAUCAUCACAGACACUGGAGGCCGAAUUGAGUCAGAAGGCAAAGAAGGCCCAGGAUACUGAGAACAAGCCUCGCCCCGUUGAGCGUAUUUUGGCUGUAAACUGCACAUGUGGUGGUGACAGGCAGAGAUCUGUCGAGGCAUCUGUUACCCAGUCAAACACCUCCGAGUCUGGCCGUACAGUCGCCGAAUGUGAGGCCUUGUUGAAGGAGAAGCGUGGAAAGGAGCUCAGUGAUGUUGAGGCCAUCGAACUAUCCCUCCGCAACAAGAUUCCCGGUUAUGCUUUGGAAAAGACUCUUGCGGAUACUACCCGUGCUGUCAAGAUUCGACGAUCUGUUAUUUCAAGAACCCCCGCUACCGCUGACAAGACCGCUCUUCUCGAAAGAUCGCUUCUGCCAUACGAGCACUACGAUUACGACCGUGUUCUUGGCGCCUGCUGUGAAAACGUCAUUGGCUACAUGCCUCUCCCCGUUGGUAUUGCUGGACCCCUCAACAUCGAUGGCGAAGACUUCUUCAUCCCCAUGGCUACCACUGAAGGUGUUCUCGUUGCUAGUACUUCCCGUGGUUGCAAGGCCAUCAACGCCGGCGGUGGAGCUGUCACUGUUCUCACUGGUGAUGGUAUGACCAGAGGGCCUGUUGUUGAAUUCCCGGAUGUCCGUCGUGCUGGUGCCGCAAAGAACUGGAUCGACGGCAAGGAAGGACAGGCAAAGCUCAAGAAGGCAUUCGACUCUACCUCCAGAUUUGCAAGACUCCAAAGCAUCGGCACCGCACUCGCAGGCACCUACCUUUACAUCCGUUUCCGAACCACUACCGGUGAUGCUAUGGGAAUGAACAUGAUCUCCAAGGGUGUUGAGUACGCUUUGCACGUUAUGAGCACUGAGUGUGGAUUUGACGACAUGGCUAUCAUUUCUGUUUCUGGAAACUACUGCACUGAUAAGAAACCCGCUGCUGUUAACUGGAUUGAGGGACGUGGAAAGAGCGUGGUUGCUGAAGCAAUCAUUCCCGCCGAUGUUGUCAAGAGCGUCCUUAAGAGUGAUGUCGAGUCCUUGGUCGAGCUGAAUACCGCAAAAAACCUUAUUGGAUCUGCCAUGGCUGGAAGUGUUGGUGGUUUCAACGCCCAUGCUGCAAACAUUGUUACUGCAUUGUUCUUGGCCACCGGACAGGAUCCUGCCCAGAAUGUCGAAUCAUCUAACUGUAUCACCGUCAUGAAGAGAACCCGUGAAGGCGCCCUCCAGAUCUCCGUCUCUAUGCCCUGUAUCGAGGUUGGAACCAUUGGUGGUGGCACUAUCCUCGAGCCCCAAGGCGCCAUGCUCGACCUUCUCGGCGUCCGCGGCGCCCACGCCACCAACCCCGGUGAUAACGCCCGCAAACUUGCCCGCAUUAUUGCCGCCGCCGUCCUCGCCGGUGAGCUCUCGCUCUGCUCAGCACUUGCCGCAGGACACCUCGUAAGGAGCCACAUGGCACACAACAGAAGUACACCCGCGAGUCGCGCGGCGACGCCAGCACCCCCAGAUACACCUGUGGGGCUGACAAUGUCGACGAUCAAAAAUAAGCAACUUGGUGAACUGAAAAUGACACCUGCAAGUUAG